GACUUAUCAUUUUUGCUAUACGAACAUUGAACAAUGAGUGGAAGAGGCAAAACCGGUGGUAAGACCAGAGCGAAGGCUAAGACUCGCUCCUCCAGAGCAGGGCUGCAGUUCCCCGUCGGUCGUGUUCACAGGCUUCUCCGUAAAGGAAACUAUGCCGAGCGCGUCGGUGCCGGUGCUCCGGUUUAUCUGGCCGCUGUGCUCGAGUAUCUGACGGCUGAGAUCCUGGAGUUGGCUGGAAACGCCGCUCGGGACAACAAGAAGACCCGUAUCAUCCCCCGUCACCUGCAGCUGGCGGUGCGCAACGACGAGGAGCUGAACAAACUCCUGGGCCGAGUGACCAUCGCUCAGGGCGGCGUGCUGCCCAACAUCCAGGCCGUGCUGCUGCCCAAGAAGACCGAGAAACCCGCCAAAACCAAAUAAACCGAUUUAAGAUCGUUACUGAAACCCAAAGGCUCUUUUCAGAGCCACCCACUUU